GCAAGAUGGCGACGUCCAUGAAAUUUGGAGUGCAGAGAUGUUUAAGUUAUUGUCAGCUCUCAGUCAGCCUCAAGAAUGGACUAGUGAUGCCAAGGUCCUUUGCCACUCUGAAAAAGUCCAAACAAUCCAAAGAGAAGAACAUUGAAGGGUCAUCUUCCAAUUCAAUAACCCCAUUAGUGGGUAUGUCAGAGGAUGGACAGACUGUUGUGUGCUGGCACCCAGAGCCGGAGCAUCCCUAUGAACAUACACAGCCAAUGGAAUAUAACAAAGAAGAGCUUUCUCAGGGAACAAGCGUGUUAAAGGAUCAAGUUCUGAGAAACUAUGACAGCAGAGUAAGACCUACUGGACCCAACACGCAGGAGUUGAGUCACAUCACCUUUACAACCAAGCAUCGAUGGUUUCCCAAGCCAGGGAAGAAAUUUGCAAAGAGGGAUCCGCCUAAAGACAGAGACGCUAUUUAGAAUUGUUAUAGUUACAUUUUUGACCCAUCACUGGGAUUGAUACUUUGUUUUUGUAUUAGUACAUUCAGUGUCUAUGAAAAUAUAUUUGUGUACCGUAUUGAAUAAAUGACUUCUGUUUUUAC